AAAAAGAGCGUGUAUGACUGACUGACAAGGUUGGACAGAAGAGCUAGUUUUGUUGGUGUAAUCGCGCAACCCGUGCCUACGGAAAAUUCCUUCACUUUUUUCGUCGGGAAUUCGUGAACGUUUCCGGAAGAUCCUAUCGGGGAAUGCUUCCGGUGUUGAUCGAGCGUCGUUGAGUGUUGUUAACCGGAAGUUUACGAUCGGGCUAGGGUAACUUUUCGGGUUCGAAGAAACAAGAGGUGUGAUUUUCUGUUCUUUUUUUUUUAUUUGAGUUGGCCCUGGUUGAAUCAAUCCAGCAUCGGGUUAUUGGAGUGGGUGUGUGCGGAAGGCGGGGCUUCAGAAGUGACUUGCUGGAGGUUUUGAUCGCGCAUGUAGUUGUUUGUUGACCUGUUCAUCUUUUCAUUCAUCAAUUCGGAUUUGGUUCAGUUGUGGGUGUGUGUGAGCGCGUUUCGAUUUACGAAGGGAAGAACAACGUGAGAAGAAGAAACCCACACAAUCCUGGAGAAAACGUCAGAUUUUGUGUUUCGAAUUGCGACAAAAAUCAUCGAGCUUGUAGUGAUUAGUAAAAAUAAGUAAAUAAAAUUUCCCGAGCAGAACCCACUUGAACUUAGAAGAAUGGAUAAGUUUAUCAGCAUGUGGAAAGUGCGAGAACUCGCCGAUAAAGUGACGAACGUUGUGAUGAAUUACACCGAAAUCGAGGGCAAAGUGCGGGAAGCAACGAACGAUGAACCGUGGGGCCCAACCGGUCCGCUGAUGCAGGAGCUUGCCCAUGCCACAUUCACCUACGAACACUUCCCGGAGGUGAUGUCGAUGCUAUGGAAACGGAUGCUCCAGGACAACAAAACGAAUUGGCGGCGGACGUACAAGAGCUUGUUACUGCUGAACUAUUUGGUGCGCAAUGGAUCAGAACGGGUAGUCACCUCUUCAAGGGAGCACGUCUACGAUCUGCGAUCUCUGGAGAGUUACACCUUCGUGGACGAACAGGGCAAGGAUCAGGGUAUCAACGUGAGGCACAAGGUUCGGGAACUGAUGGAAUUCAUUCAGGAUGACGACAAACUACGGGAAGAGCGGAAAAAGGCCAAGAAAAAUAAAGAUAAGUACGUGGGUAUGAGCUCCGAGGCCAUGGGAAUGGGUGGCAUGAGGUAUGGUGGAAGCGAGUACGGCGGUUAUCGGGACAGCUGGAAUCAGCGAACAGAGGAUCGGGGAUAUAACGAAAACAAAGACAGGUACGAGUACGAUUACCAAUAUGACGGAGAACGUGAAGAUUCGGAUACCGAGUCCAAUGGACCACAUUCUGCCAGGUACUCUGACAAAGAACGAUCGAAAAGUCCCGCAACACGACAAUCAUCCUCUCAUUCGACUUCCGGUGGGCACGGAGAGAAAAAAAUUAAUCUAAGCAUAAAAUCACCUGCAGCCGCUGCAGCCAAGGUCACCAGCAACGCAACGAAGGGCGCUAAAAAGAUCGACAUGGGUGCGGCCAGCACAUACGGCAAAUCGACGGAUCUUGGAAUAAAUUCGCCCACGCACAGAAACACCCACGCCGAAGAAAUCAUAUCAACUGCCGACGUGAGCAGCGAUAAUCUGUUCAAAACAUGCCCAGGACCACCAUCAGUGGGCAGUCCUUCAAAUGACGAUUUGGAUGAUUUCGACCCCCGAGCGACUGACUCUUCUAGGAACACCUCCGGAGCAGAAUUCGGUGACUUUGAGUCGGCAUUCGGAAGUGGAGGAGCAAGCAUAGGGCAGCAGAAACACGGUGAUGAGUUUGCCGAUUUCGCAGCCUUCGGUACAGGGCCUACGACAGCCAGUUCCGGCAGUUUUGUGGCCACACCUUCGAACGACCUGUUCGGCUUGAGUCCGAGUAUUAGCUCGAUGCCUCCUGUAGCGUCCACCAGUUCUAGUGGGCUGGGAAUGUUUGGAAUGCCUCAGCAACCACCUCAACAGCAGCAGCAACUGACGACUGACCUGCUCUCGGAUUUGAGUGGACUAAACCUCGGAAAUACAAAUGGCUCUUUCCUGCAACCAUCGGGUAACCUACUUCAACCUCAACCACUGAACGCAACAAACAACAAUUUGCUGGGCAAUGGAACGGCCAGUGGCCUAGCAGCCGGUAAACCUGCCGCUAACGUUGGUACAACCUGGAAGAAUGCUGGCAACAUUAACAUCGAUCUGGACAACUUGCUAGGCAACUCGAAGGGUAAAAGUGGCGCCAAUCAACCAUCGAUGAAUCAACUGAAAAGUAUCAAUUCGAGCCCCGUUCAUCAUUCGAAUCCAAUGCCUCUGAGCAGUCCCCCACCGAUGCAUCAACAACAACCUGCCUUUGGCGGUGGAAUGUUCCACCAGCCCCAGCCAAACAUUCCAUUAGCCUUCGGAGGAAGUAGCAGUAAUACUCUGGGAGCGGCGGCCAGUGGCAACUUUUUCAACGGCAUCAACAACAACGCUACCAAUAACCAACGGCAACAAGGUAUCAACUUUAAUGCAUUUCAAUGAUCUACGUUGGGGAACGCUGGCCACCACCGUGAUAGGGUAGCCGCGUUCUAAAGGGACCAAGUCCCUCGUUAUUUAUCCUUGCUUCUUCCUAUUGAACUCGAACCCAUCAUACCCAUCCCAAUUGUUUUCUCCACUUAGCAAACCGACACCGAUUCCAUGCGUAUAUUCUAAAAAGUUUUGUUUGUGCAGGAGAACUUAAUGAAAUUUGGAAUUAAAAAAACACAAAUUGAUGUACAUAGUUGUUAGAUUGUUGAAUUUGAAAAUCGAACAGAAAUGUACAUUGAAUCCAAUCAAAAAAUGUAUUAGGAAACAAAUUAAACACGUAAUUGUGUCCAUUUCUAAUUGAUCAACUAGAAAAAAAGUAAAACAGUAUUUAAAAUAGCAAAAGGCAAAACAUAACCGAUAUGGAGUUUGAUUGAAACAAUUGUGAGUGUGAAGCGUUUUGGUUGUCUCUUUUGAGGGAUCGCCACAGGCGAACGACCCUCUUAUCCUGGGAAAACGAAUUGUUCGAGUCAUUCGUGUAUUUGUUUAAAGAAGAUCGACAGUUGUUUUCAACUAAUGUAUGAUUGAAUGAUCGAUAAAAUAUUGUGGCUUUUCCCGACGUUACGUGAAUAAUCGAACGUUAUAGAUUUAGCGAAUUUGAGAUGAUUGUUGUGUUACACGUUUUCCGGUCUUGAAUACUGCAAAGAGUUUUUGAAGUGUACGUACUAGAUGUUAUGGUGAUUUGCAUUUUUAAGGCACUUCAAUUGCAAAAAAAGGUUUUGUUAUAGUGACAGAAGAAAUGUCGUCAAUCUGAAGUUGAAGCAAGUCAAAACCUGGACAUAGUUCUGAUAGGAAUGAUGUAGAAUAUUGACAAGCGAAAUCUUUGUCGCUGGUACAUUUAAAAAAUGUGACUGUGGUCAUAUGUAGGCAAAGUUUGAAGACUUCCUUAACAACAAUCUGAGCUUCAAUAGAAAAAGCAUCACACACAAAUCUACUUAGUUAACCCAGAUUUUCUUGAGAGCAAGUAGUGAAUUGAAGAGUAAAAAAAAACAAACCUGAACAGUUGAUUUUCUUAGAAUAUCUAUGUUUCUAUGUUGAUUAUAUUAAAAAAAAAAAAGCAUUUAAGGAUUGCAUUAUUGUACAGCAUUUUCGGCUUUUUGUAGAGAAGACUUCCUUUCUAUUUCAGAAAGGUAUUCCAUGAGAAACUUAUUACUGAGGCGUCUGGAUGGAAUCAAGAUGUUCUCUAUAAAAUUGGAGUACGUAAUCGAUCAUUGAGCGUGCUGGAUAUCUGUGAUGGACUUGUGUUUAUUUUUUCAAUAAGCGCUCUCUAGAAGAUGGCUGGAAUUUUUUUCGAACCAAAAGAUAUUCGAAUGUUUAAGGUUUUUUUUGUUGUGUUAGAUGAAUCAGUUCAGGGUUUCCCACUCAUUUCGUUCUUUGUUUAUCAAAAAAAAACAUUGGUUGGACAGAAGAUUUGAACUAUUUCUUAAACAGUAAACGGGAAUUGCCGAGAAUGUGAGUUUAGACCGAAUUUGUUCGGUAAUUUUUAAUGGCCAAGGGACUGUAAUUAAAUAUGGGAAAUGGCAAUUGUCUUUGCGACCCGAAAAGUUUUACUGAACAACUCGCAAUUUGUACGGGUAGUUUUUACCGAAACACCGCAAUAUUUACCACGAAUUGUAGAAACUUUAGCCGAAUGUCGAUAACUUUUGCAAAAUAAUCUGUGAAACAUUCGGUUAAAAUUAGCUUUUCCAGAUUCCAAAAAGAACAAAUUCAUGUCCAGGAUUCAACUUGUUCACGUAUUUUUGAGGUUUUCCAACCUUCCAGUAUAGCACAGUCCAGCCAGUUCCAAAUAGUAACUGACCCAAACAGGGCAAUAUGAUAGAUGAACGAGAGCAAUCAAAGAUUUCAAAAAUUAGUUUAAUUUUUCCUUCGCAGAACAUUCGACGAAUCUUUAAAUCUGCCUGCAUAUGCAUUUUAAUGUUUGAAAAAAUUGCUUUUAUUAUUUAUCAACGUUGUAUUAAACAACAGAUGUCGUAUGAUAUCUAUUUUUUUUUGGAAAAAAUAUUUUCGAAUAAUUUUAUUCUUGAUUGUAAGAAGAUAUUUUUCCGUAACAAAAGUUUCAGUUGUUUCAUUGGAAAAAAAAACUAUUAUGUAGCUUCAGUUGUUUUAUAGAAUUGAAAAAAAGAAACGAUGUUGUAAAUCUAUUGUACAUAAGGUAUGAGAACUAUGAAUAUAUAUACACAAAUAAACUUAGUAGAAAAAAACUAAAAAAUCAAAUUUGGCGGUACAACCCUAUACUGAAGCGUACUGCAAAACAAUGUACGUCAAUCUGGUGGUGGUGUUGGGUAAGACUACUUUAAAAUUCAAAAUAAAUCAAACUGCGGAAGAAUGAGAGUAUUGUACACUGACUGGAAACAUAGUGUCGUGCAAUUACGGUUGUAUGUGAGUCGUUAGUCAAAUUCAAGAUAUUUUAUUUUCAACUAGACUUUAAGUUUCCGCUUCCCCCUUAAAAUAUACUUAUACAUAUUUUAUUAGUGCGAUGGCAAACAUUGCACAGUGGCAAAAUUUGAACCUAGAUUCACAAAAAAAUCGAAGCCGCAGAUUUGAGGAUCGGUAAAAAUACUUAUCUAAUGUGAAAUUUUUGAAUUAUAAUGGAGCCAUCCUAAUGUAAUGUGGAAGUUUCAUGGAGAUUGAUGAUGUAUUACAGGAGUUACAAGCCCAAGUUGAAUGAGCCCUCUUACGCAAAGACUGCUAUUUUGAUAAAUUAUCUUUUUCAAAAGUUAAAAGCUUAUAUCAAAUUUAAUAUCUUAUACAUGAAAUAUUCAAUCCAUCGAUCUACAAAUUUGAGCGUUGUUGAACGCUAUCUAAAGCCUUAGUUUGAUGAUCAUUAUGUGAAAAUCGAUCAAUAUUCAAGUAAGAUAUGAAGCAAAUAUUUCAUGAUAUUACCUAAUCUUCAAAAUAUAUCGCUUCUUAAGAUCUUCUUAUAAUUUUUAAGGUAUUCCAAAAUUUUUCAGUUCGUUUUCUGAAAUUACAAUGACUUAAAUUAUCAUGUUGUUUAAAUUUAUAAAUAAAAUUGCUUAUUUUCGGUUAAUCAUGUCAAAUAACAUCUCACUGAGAAGACUCCGAUCAAAUACGAUGGCAGAUUUGACCUCCUGAAAAAAUUUCACAUAAGUUAAGUACAAUGUCAGGUCCUUGAGCCUGCGGUUUUCAAUUUUUUGGAGAUUUUGGUGCAAAAUUUUUCGUUUGUGCAUUGUCUUAUACUUUUAUUCAGUUUUUUUUCUUAUAAUUCAAGGUGAAUAAACAUUUAUAUAUGUAUUCGUUUCGAUUACUUGUUCUGCACACAACUUUAUUUUUACACAAGCAGUUAUUAUUCGUUGAAUCUAUUGAAGAUUAUAUUUAGCUUUCCUAAGCGCUAGUAAGAUCCACUCGUUGGUUUAGGAUUAUCGAGGCACCUAAACAUAGUCUUUGCUAUUGUUCUAAGAGAAGAUAUCAUGAAUUGACAAUAAACAUUGAAAUUCAACCGUGAAAAGAAAAGUUCAAAAUGGGAAUACUACCGACAUAUCCAAGAAUAGACAGAAUUUUAUGGCGCCUUUCCCGCGGACUUCCUCCAUCCAUUCCAAAUUGUCGAAACCUUACAACCACGAAUUCUUCCUUAUUAGUUUACUGCAUAGUGCUGGUCUAUUUCGGCUUAGCAAAUAUACUAACUAAACGCUAUGCAAAUAGAGAUAUUAUUGUUCUUUAGGCGCUAUUUCAAAGCUAGAGUUCCGAUAGAGUAGAAUGAGAAAUAAACUAACACCUCAAGAAUAAAUCAAGCUGCAAUAACUAAACUGUAUCGAUUACAAUUCUGUAGAAGUGAAGUUCUGGCUUAGGUAAAUUAAGGCACACAACAACACGCAAGCAUCUACGUUUUUUUGCUCCCAAUUUUCCAAUGAUUCUACAAAUGAGUUUCUAGGUCCUGAAAUCGACUGAAUAAGCAUUCAUUUUAUUGUUUUUCAUCUUCCAGCAUCUAAUUUUUACUAUUCCAAAUUGCAACACCUUUUUUAUUCCUUUUUUUCGAAUAAUUGGUCGUGUAUGUGCGAAAUAGAAGAGAAAUUAAAAGAAAAUAAGAUUAAAAACCUUACAAAAAUCAUAUACACUGGAGCAAUUAACGAGACAGAGAAACUGAACCUAUAUUUGUUGAAAAGUGUAAUAAAAUUGAACUAAAAACUUGGAAA